CCCAGAAGACCACAGACGGCUUACGUCAUGGGCGCGUCCGGAGCGGGCCAGAACAAAAUCAGAUGUGGUUUGGAGAAACACCCAAACGUUUGUUGGGUUUUCUGAAGCUUAUGUGUAUUUUCCAAAGCGGAGAAAUAGCGCUGGUCGGAUAUUGUGAAACGGCAACGGCAGGCAUUUGAUGAGAAGGUCAAGAAGCAUCUUGAGCACAGUCCGUAAGUACCUACGCCAGGGCGAGAGGGCUGGUACGACAAGGUGUCCUUUUGAAUUCCCUGGAUCACAGCGGAAGGGCAUCCAGUGAACCAGGCAAAAUUCAGAUGGCCGCCCAGCAAGGAUAGCAAGAUAAUUAUCCAUUGGCCCAGUUUACUCCCAAGAGCUGGCUUUGCUAUCACUGCAAGUCUUUAAAUCAGUCCCGGAUGCCUUUCUCGCUCUGCAAGCGGUGCAGCAAUGACCCCACAAGUUAUGGGUUUAGCUGAAAAAAAAAUUGGCUGAAGUCCUGUGGCCUGUGCAGUGGCUGAGACUGGACUAAUAAUGAUCCCCUCUGGCCUUCAAACUGAUGAUUGCAAAUAGCUGGCCGGACUGACCCUGCUUGCACCCUUCCUAAUUUGCUCUUUAUGCAUGUUGGCUUGGAUUCCUUUUUAUUUACAUGAAUGCUUUGGGGAGUAGUUUUUAUUUCUUAUCUCCUGGCUCUCUCAUUGCUGGCAACACUCAAAGGCACCAGAGUUUCUGCUGCUGCUGCAUGUACAGGCUUAAAGAGUGAUGGACUUGAAUUAAAAAAAAAAGAAACCCCCUGAAAAUUGAAGGUUGGAGACUGAAGUCACCGUGGCGUGAUCCCCGGCUGCUCUCUGCGGAGGUAUUGCUCCCAGGAGUAGGAGCUCCUGGACAUCCGAAGUCCGUUCUGGGCAGCGACGUGGCUUUUACCAUAUCUUGCUCUCAGACAGAUAAAUGACUUUCUAGCCCAAGAACGUGCAGCAGAGCUCGUGUCUUUGGCCUUCAGAAAAGCUGGGGGGAAAGUGGCACUUGGGGAUCAUCGGUCAAGCUGGUGGCAUAUGUCGCUGACACAACGAGCUGUCCCAGUCUGCUCCAGUCAGAGCCGUUUCAAGGACGACGCGGCCAAAGGAGUCCACUGUAAACCCCAAACCUGGCAGUAGACAAAACGCCGGAAAGCGCCUUUUUAAUAUGGAAAAGUAUCCUGCAGUGUCCCACACCUGCCAGCAGAGACCACCUCCUGCCCCCGCGAACUGGAUAAAUAAUAGAGGCCCGAUGCACAGCUGGGGUAAAGCUGACCUCCACGGUGCUGGUUUACGCCCAACGGGGGGAUCUGGCCGGGUUGUAUUUGCUUAUUUAUUUAUUUAUCUGUAAAAGGUUCUUUCCCCCUUUUCUUUCCUCCCUCCUUUUCGGUACACAGAAACCUUGCGAGCCCUCAUUUUAUUGUUAGCUCAUUUGGCAGGAGCAGCAGAGCAGCAGAAGUGUUUUAUUUGGAAAUACUUGAGGGGGAACUUGACGCGGCCGUGGCUGAAUUAGGGCCGUGCUAGCUCGGAGAGGUUUCACCUCCUCUUGAAGGCAGCACCAGGCUGGGAUUAUCUCAUUUGAUUUCCUUGGAUCCGAGGAGAGUUGAGAAUUGAAGAAAAUUAAAGGGUUCAAGAAUGCGGUUUUACGAGGAUCACAGUCGAGCUCAGCUUUGGUGUCGGCGGGCGUUUAUGACUGUUACAACAGGGAUGAAAAGCCGGGGCUGGAACCAGCGCUGCUUUCUCCUGCCAGGCGCAGGGUUCACGGUGGAGGCCAGACAUAUGUCUGUCUUCCUCCCACAGAUGUUGCUUUGUUUCUGGAUGAGCAAGCACGCUGUGCCCGCGCUGUCGAAGAGCUGGCUGGUGGUGGCUCCGAGCUGAGCGUGGCUGUCGGCCCUGCUCACGUUGGGUCCGUGCAGUGAAGGAAAAUUCAGCAACAAGAGAGCACUUGGCGUGGUCCCACAAACCUUUGCCCAUGUGGACAGUCCUUCCUUGAAGCCGUUGAAAUGAGCUGGGCUGGGGUGAGUGGAGUCAGACCCAAUGAGCCAUUGCCCCAGCGCCUCCAAAGACACUAAGCCAGAUCUUCAGCUGGUGUAAAUCAGGGGAUUUCUACCAGCUCCUUUGCAAGUUCGAAGGUCUGAUGGAGCAAGCACUAUUUUCUCACUGUGUGGACUGUCCUAUACCUAGCACUGGCCAGCUGCAAACCGGCUUCGCUCCAGCAUUUGACCUAUCGAAGAACGAUUUGGGGACAGCAUCUAGCAGGACUAUCCUCUGGCUUCUGAACACCUGCUAUCAAGUGACAUAUCGCCCAGUCGGCCGGGGAAUUAAAACAUAAAGUGAUGCCGACAGAGGGAGACAAACCCUGCUCCCCGGAUGGAGCUGGCGGGAUAAGAACUGUGUUGAAAAUUUGGUGAAUUGGUUCUGUGCCCAAAUUGAAAAAUUCAAAUCAAAAUGCAUUGGCCAGGAGCGGGAAAGCCUUACUGGGAAAAAGAAUAAUCUCCGAGUGAACAAAAUGUUUUGAUCUUAAACAAAACAUUUUAUUUAGGUUUUUUGGGGGGGUUGAGGUAUGACUUUGUUAUUUCCUAAUGUCAGUUUAGAGCAAUUUGGUUUUGGUACGUUGUUUCAAAAUGAAAAACAUAAACUUUUAAAACCCGUUUUGGAUUUUCUCACAUGCGGCCACCUCGCCCUUUAUGUUUUUGGCUGGAGCAAGCUAACAAAUGAACUAUUUAACAAAGUAAGUGAAUAGUUUUGGCUGCCCUGAAAUGGCGUUUCUGUCUCUCAGUGAAUAAAUUAUUUGCUUAAAAAAAACCCCACAUUAUCAAGACCUAGGGGUGAUAUCAUUCUCAAUGAUCUUUGCAUUCAAACAGGGAGCAAUGACAAGUCAUAGAGAGAGGUUGAUUUUCCUUUUAUUUCUGAACACUGUAAAGCAAUUCAGUGGCAAGGACCAAACUGAGUGGAGAGGAACUUUUUAUAUACGGUUCUUUGGGGGAAUGGGAGGAGAGAGAUGGGAAGAAAUGAUGGACCUGAAUCUUGAACACUUAUUCAUGUGACCAGGCCCAUGAAUGCCCUAUGAGAAAGGACAACGUGCUUGAGAAGCCCUUUAAUUCAAGAAGAUAAACCGAGUUUGCCUGUCGGAGCACGCCAUUUCUUGUUAUCCUGGCUAAGGUUCGGGGAUACCUCCUAGGACAAAUAUAUUUCAUUUAAACAUUGAGCGACUCGGUUUAGACAACCACACUGAGCAAAUGCGCUUUUAACCCCCUGCCCCUCAAAUUUUCCUUAUUCAAGUUUAAAAACCACAUACGUUUCCUGACUGUUUUAUGUUAAGGUGUGUUGGGAAAAAUUUAGGGUGAGGACAUAACAAUACUCUCUGUCCGUAAGGAAAACUGGAAGACAUGGUUCUGUUGAUAGUUCAUCUACUUUUCUUGCCGAUGUAACUACACCCAGCAAGCUGUUGCAAAUGGCAUAAAGACCAUUUCUCCCAUUGGCUCAAGGGGAUGUUUCAUUAUCUCUGCAAGUAUUAAGUUCAAAGCCCAUGAAGGGAUAGGAAUGUGGAUGUUCGGUUAUAUGUCAUUCAGGAAGUUCAGGACUUGUGGCAGCGCUGGAGCGAUGCUGUAGAUCGACGGUGACUAUUUCAUGGAGGAAGGUACGGUAGAUAUUCACUUUGACAGACUAAUGAAAUAAGGUACCUGUAUGGAGCACAAGCUUUUGUGAACCCAAGUUCCCGUCAUCAGAUGCAGUGAAAGGACAGCAUAAAGCAGAGCAUGAAGUGGAGUGAGCGAUUAGACCACAACCGGUAGGCAAGCAGGGGGGAGAUGGAGGGGGAAUGCUGCGAGAGGUAUAUAGUAAAGAACCCAUAGGAACAAAGGGGUCACAAAAACUAAUCCAGGUAAUGGGAUAAAAAUCCAUAAUCCCUGUUAAACUACACAGAACACAGUCCAGUCUGUGGUUGAUUUCUUCUUCCGCAUUUCCCCAUUCAAACUGGUUUUACCAUUUUUUUUUCUGCCUGAGAACAGCAAUCCUGAGGUCAGCUCUGGAUGUCCAGGGAGGGGGGAGUAUUCUGCCACGGGCUUUUCUCUCUUUUUGCACCUGAUGUCAAAUCGGGGCUCAUUCAUUCUUACCCAUAGAGAUCGCCCGACCAUCUGCUGCAGUCCGCAGAUGGGCCUUGUGGGCAGGUGAUGGCAUAUGCGAUACUCGUAGGGUUGCAGGUGAAUGAGACCUGGCUGUUGUGCUCCCUCCUCGUACGUGCAGCGAUGCUGAUGUGGGGACGCAGCAGGCACUUGGGUCCAUUACAAGAACAACCACUCAUUUGCUGUCAGUGAGUGGUAUCUCAGUAUGGCCAAUAAAUUAACCUUGAUUGAGGAUAAUGAAAAGCCUGCGAGUUUAAACUGCACCAAAUGUUGCAAUAUACGGUGGGCCGGAGCCGUGGCAGAGGGUAUGUUGUUGUUGCCUGCCCAAAGCAUUCAUCUCACCCACUUUAAACUGUAACAUUUGGGGGGUUGAUUCUUUGCUUCCCAAAAUCAUUUUGCACAUCAUUUUUUAUCAGGAUGAUUGUAGGGAUGCAGUGAAGUAAAAAAAUGCCCAGAUUGAGUGAUAAACUCAACCAUCUUGCUGAGUCUGGGGUGAUCGGGAGUGGUUAGCAGAUGCAUGUUGAAAGUUAAAACAUGUCUGAAACCAUUGCUACCCGGUCCAGGCCAGUACUAUCAAAAUUAUUUUGGCCUUUUCCAGUUUUCUCUCUCCUGUGAUCUUCUACAGGAGUGAAAAGGGAGAAAAGGCAUAAAAAAAAUGUGUUUCCAGCUCAUGUAAAGUAUGGCUGAAAUCAAAUGAGCUUGGCUUUCCGUUCUCAAGAAAGAUUUUUGACAUUUCACAAUCUGCUUUUUUUUUGCAGAGUGCUCUAACAUCUGCAUGACCCAUGAAGGCCAUGGAGGCAUGACUCAUGACCCACCCUUGUUUUGGAGGACUGUUCAUGAGAGACCAUGAGAUCUUGGCUUCAUUGGUCUGCCAGAUGGCUGUUUUUCUCCUGGUAGAUGCAAGGCAUUUGGCUAUUGGUCUUGGAGAACACAUCAUUGCCCCAGAACCAUCACCUUGCUGAGAAGCUGCACAGAGGAAACCCUUCCCUGUUUGCACACGUGAAACAUUUCUCCAGGAUUGUCUGUGGCAACUGGGACAAGCCCAUGCUGAGAGAAAGGCAGGACUGCUUCUAUGCUCAAUGACUUGCUUGGCGCUUCAGCUAACUUGCACUAAGAGUUUCCUUUGACCCCACAGUGUCACAUGGCUGACGUGUGCAUGUGAGCCUAUACUGGGUGCAUCUCAGACGACUGCUAUCUGUGGAGCCAGCAGGUUGCACACCAAGCCUUUGAGAGCCCUUGUGGGGUUUGUCCAUCAGCUUGAAUGGGAGCACCUUUGUGGGAUGGCUUGCCUUUGGUAUGUGCUGUCGGAUCCUUGCAGCAUUUUGGCAAGAGAAGUAUUUGGUCGUGUGAGAUUCGUGUUGUGGAACAAGCACAGCGGUGACGUGUGGCUGAAGCGAUGAGCUCCAUUCAUCUGAGCUCUUCAUGCAUUUCUCUGGAGGAUGUGCAAUAAUAAGCUGCUAAUCCAAGAGUCCAGAGUCACUUCUCUGAAGUCCUGGAUGCUGUUAUGGAAAUAAGUAUCCUUUACAUCAAGACCUGCAAAUCAUCCAUGUGCAGUAAGAACUGCACAACAUAACACAACACAACACAGCCAGUGGUGGCCUUAGGGCUGUUGGGGUCCUGGGCCACAGAGUCAUUUGGGGCCCUUUAGAGGCUUAAAUUUGAUGACCUAUAAGCAAGUGGGACUUUUUUUUUAUUGCAAUUUCACCUUGCCCUAUCCAUGACACUGCAAUGAGAGUAACUUAAUACAAUAUUGAUAAUACAAAUAUUCAGUGUAAUUCAUUUUUAUUUUUCUAAAGUGUGGGGCCCCAGGUGGCUGCUGGGUUUGCCCUCCCCUAAGGCCACUAUUGACACAACACAAGGUGUGUCUACACAUGCACUUUAAUGUGCAUUAGCCUAUUUUAAUAUGCAUCAAAGCCUCGCAAAAAACCCCAUGCUCUUUACCUAAUGCACAUUAUUAUAAGCUAACGCACAUUUUUCUAGUACCUCAUAAUGGAGGCACUAGAUUUAAUGUGCAUUAACUGAAAGGGCAUUAAUGAACGCCUAGACGCGCCCACAGUGACCUUUUCCAGUGGUGACCAUUAAUUAUUUGUGCCUCUGAACAACACAGCACAGUGACCAUUUCCAGCUUCUCACGCUAAGGCCUCUUUAAGAGUUGCCCGCAUCUUCCCUUCCUAGCCAAGUAUAAUGAUAAUUGCAAUCAGUAUUAAUGUAAUACAGAAUUUCAAAUACUUACGAACACGUUUCUAAGUAAGCUAGCUAGUAAUGUCCAGUGCAAGUACGAGGUGCCCUAUGUUGUCCGUGCAUCCGCGAUUCUCCUGUGAAACACCAGCACCACGGUCGUCAGGUGGUCAUCGGUCAUUAGCUCUGUAUUAAUUCCUGGCACUCGGCUCUCUCCCUUUGCUUUGGUUGUUGCCUGGCAGAGACCUUCUUCGGCAGCGCGGGAGAAAAGGAGGAGAGAAGGAGAAAGACGAGGGAAAAUCUAAUGCACCGAAGAUAAUCAAGAACGAAAGCUGAAAUGCAACAGCAGCCAUGAUAAAAGUAUCUGCUUUGCACAACGAGGAGCCAAUAGCAGGGUGAAGCAGUAGGCUAUUGAGAAGGUGAGAUGUCUGAUGUAUCCUGGCAUUCAUGAUGUGGAAGAACAAUUCUCUCUGGGAAUCCCCAUGCACAUGUGAAGCUAUCAGUAUAACAUGCCUGCAGCUCUCAGGUUGAUGAAAGCCUGGCUUUGGGACUGCUAUGGAAAGACCCUUCCCAAAGGACCCGUUGCCAAGUCACUCAAAGUAGAUUUGUUUAAUCAUGUUCGCAGAAUUUGAGACCCUCUCGGUGAUCGUUCAGAAAUCAUGGCGAAGUCUCCUACAAUUCUGCAGCAAAGGACUGGUAGAAAGGAAAAUACUGUGAAGCAAAUGAGGCUUCACUGGGUACGAAUGACUGUGAAAAGGCUGGAAGCUAUUUCACAAGUUUGAGUACUGGAUCCAAUGUGCAAAGACUCGCUAAGACUCAGGAGCCAGGUCCUGCGAGGAGGCUUCUAGCACCUUAGAGCAAAGCCAGGGCAACCCGGUGCAAUAAUAUGGCUGAAGCGAGACCCUCUUCUGCUCACAGCUUCCAAAAUAAUUAUGCCCUGACUGUGAGCUUCGGGGGUGUGCUUCAGUAAUAACCAAGGAAGGUUUCCUUUCUCAAAGAAAGAUAUAGACACCAUGCUAGAAAGCAGACGCAGGGAACUGUAGGAUUUUCUUUGAGCGCACUGGAAUCACACAUUUGAAAUCAAGCAGCUUGAGCCUGCAUUUUAUUGAGGACCCACAUGGAUGCUGGGUUUUAAAUUGUUUCCAAGAAGCUAGCUUUAGGGACAUGUUGGCAUCCUAUUGGAAUCCAUUGGCCUUAAGGGCUAUAUGAAUAGGACUGGGCUUAUUGGGAAACAUGUUGACUGGCUGUGUUGUGCUGUGCCUUUAAUUAGUGUUCCAGCCAAAAGAGAAGUGAAAGCUGUUAUUACAGAUGGGAUGUGAAUAAAUGAAGUAGCACGGCACGAGGUUUUGUGACAGGUUCGGAGCCCAACAACACAAGUAGAAAAACACGGAGUGCUUCGGUGGCUCUGGAGAAGAGCCCCAUCAAGGGUUGAUCUAUUGUGGUGCCUUAUCACAUACCUAAAGUGUUCUUCUGAAGGUGCCUUAUCAUACGCAGGUGUUGCUGGCAAGAAAUGUAAUUAGCUAUUGAGAAGCAUAAAAAUGGCACGUUGCCACUUGUGCAAAUGAAUGCAUGUAUGUAUGAGGCUGAAAAUAGUCUCUCUGGAGAAGCGAAUAAUGUCUGCUGUGCUGCGGGCACUUUUCUGAACCCGUUUGGGUUCAUUGCACCUUAACAUUUUCCUGCACCCUGAUUGCCAGCACCUGACAGAGACCAUUGCCACGGCCUCUCCUCUCUUGCUGUGAGCCCUGAUGCCUAGGUUAGGGUCGCACAGGAGGCAAAUACGCCUUUGUGCUGCUGUGCCGACAUUCCCUCAACCUGCUCUGUUCCCUGGCUAUGAAAGGCAGGGGCAGUGAUAGCAGUGAUCUCUCAUGGAUCUCUCAUCUGCUUCAAUUAGAUUCAAUUUAUUCAGCAUUUGGGGGCAGAGACUGUCUCUCAGUAUGUGUAUGAACAGCACUGUGCAUAGGAUGGUCCCUGUCCUUGCUGCCUCCUUUAAGCAUGACCAUAAAACCAUUUCUGAGCUCUUGGAGGAGAAAAGGUGAUUAGGAACAGCAUGCCUGACCAACCUGAGUGCUUUCUAUGAUGAGAUGACUGGCUCUGUGGAUGCAGGGGGAGCAGUGGACAUGCUAUACCUGGAUUUAGCAAGGCGUUUGAUACGGUCUCCUACAACUUUCUUGCAAGUGAGCUAAGGAAGAAUGGGUUGGAUGAAUGGACUGUAAAGUGGAUAGAAAACACGCUGGAUCAUCAGGCUCAAAGGGUAGCAAUCAAUUGCUUGAUGUCUAGUUGGCAGCCAGUAUCAAGUGGAGUGCCCCAGGGCUUCGGUCUAGGGCCAGUUCUGUUCAAGAUCUUCAUUAACGACCUGGAAGAUGGGAUGCAGCGCACCCUCAGCCAGUUUGAAGAUGACACCAAGCUGGGGGGAGUAAUAGAUACGCUGGAGGGGAGGACUAGGGUUCAGAGGGACCUUGACAAAUUGGAGGAUUGGAGCAAAAGAAAUCUCAUGAAGUUCAGCAAGGACAAGUGCAAAGUCCUGCACUUAGGAUGGAGCAAUCCCAUGCAACAGUGCAGCCUGGGGGGCCGACCGGCUGGGCAGCAGCUCUGCAGAAAAGGACCUGGGGGUGUCUGUGGACAAGGAAUAGGAGCCAGCAGUGUGCCCUUGUUGCCAAGAAGGCUAAUGGCAUAAGAGUUGACAGCAGAUCAAGGGAAGUGAUUCUUCCCCUCUUUUUGGACAGUGAGGCUACAUCUGGAGUCCCAUGUCCAGUUUUGGGCCUUCCACUACAGAAAGGAUGUGGACAGAUUGGAGAGAGUCCAGCAGAGAGCAAUAACAAUGAUUAGGGGCUGGGGAACAUGACUUGUGAGGAGAGGCUGAGAGAACUGGGUUUAUUUAGUCUGCAGAAGAGAAGACCGAGGUGGGAUUGAAUAGCAGCCUUCACCUCCCUGCAGGGAAUUGCAAAGAGGAUGGAGCUGGGCUGUUCUCAGUGGGGGCAGAUGGCAGGACAAGGAGCAAUGGGCUCACAUUGCGGCAGGGGAAGGUGAGGUUAGAUAUUAGGAAGAACUUUCUCACUAGGAGGUCAGUAAAGCACUGGAGCAGGCUACCCGGAGAGGUUGUCGGAUCUCCAUCCUUGGAAGUUUUUAAAACCUGACUAGACAAAGCCUUGGCUGGGACAAUCUAGUUGAGGAUGGUCCUACUUUGAGUACGGGGCUGGACGAGCUGACCCACAGAUAAGAGGAGCAUGGAAGACAAUCAUUGUUGACUGGGAGGGAUUGUCAAAGAGGACUAGGGGACCUCCCGAAGUCCCUUCCAACACUAAUUUUCUAUAAAGCAAAUACCAGCCUGUACGGUGAUCACUUGGCCAUUUCCCUGUGCCAUCUGACAUAGCAGGAAUUAGCACACAAUUCUGUUGAUCUUUCAUUCAUUUCACAUGUGGCCUUGGUCUACAUUGGGAACCAGCAUCACUUAUUUCCCAAAUCCUAAAAAUGUGACAAGAUUUAAGAAGUGGUCCUUUCUUUUCAUUCGCCUGUCAGAUAUCAUAAUCAAAAUCACUCGAGACACUUGCCUCUCUCGGCAUCCAAAACUUAACUGGCUUGUCUUUAGAAGAGAAUUUCUGUUGAACGCUGAAAGGUCAUUUCAGACUUUCUCCUCUUAGACAUUUCCCGACACGGACUUUUCAAGCCACUUCGGAGAUGCAAAUUGUUAGAUAAGCGCUAAGUAUUAUUUGCUAUUAUUGCUUUGUUAUUGUCUAAUUUUGUUCCGAUGCUCGGACAGGAUUCACUGCUACCCCGUCACCUAGAAAAGAUUUUCUCUGUCUUUCAUCCUGUCCAUUUUGGGGUGUUUUCUGUCUUGAACCAGCAGCGCCUGCUCAUGGAAAACUAAGAAGCACUGGAAUGAAAUAGCUGAGAAGGAAAACGUGAAGUUGAAGAAGCAGAGAGGAAAAAUACUUUUGUUGCUUCAUCAUAGAUAAUUAGACCAAGGACUUUCUCUAAAGCAGGUCUCCACAAUCUAACCAUCAGCUUUGGCUUUUGCACCGGGCCGAGUGCUUUACAUUGUUAAAUGCAUUCCAUGUUUCAGUAAAUGACACCAGGAUCCUCAGCAGUGAGUGAGUGAUUAGUUUAUCAUCCUCUUAGUGCAGCCAUCUAGAUCUUUAACUCUCUAAGCAGGGGCAUUUAAAGUCUUGAGAACACCCAGGAUCAUGCCUGAGGCCUUAGACAUUCCCAGUUCAGACAAAUCUUUGGCUAUCAGGAACGGAGGAAGGUAGGUGAGUCCAGCCUGAUAAGGCAGAGUCCAUUCUGCUAAUGCUGCAUGCAAAUCAGGUCCGCUAAAUUGCAGAUAAGCUCCAGGCUUUUUUUUUUUUAAAGAAACUUUUCUUUCCAAGGACGAGCUAACUCAUUAGCAGUGUGAGCGGCAUAGAAACUACGAUGCGUUCAGUAGUUUCAGAUUAAUCGCAUACAGGGCGAUUGAAAACCUACAUAUUGGCAUUUCCUGAGAACAGGACUGGUUUGGUUGUUUCGGCCUAUCUCCCACUGGGCAGUACAAGUCAUAGGUUUGCAAAACAGUUGGUCAUGGCAAAUGUAGCUGCAUUAAGAGGCAAUAACCUGGCAUUAUUAGACCUCAACUAUGGAAACAUAUAUGUGAGUGCUUGCCUUUACUGUAACAUGGAUGGCACUAGUUGCAGUGCACAAGGUUAGGAAUUGUACAUAAGAUUUGUGGGGCCUUAGGGUGCCUGUAAACGUGCCAGGAGGCUGCUCCAAUACACUGUAAUUACAGCUCAUUGGAGCAGACUCAGUCAAUCGAGCCUGCUGGAGCGUGCUAAUUAGUGUGCUCCCGCCAGCCUCUGCGUCUUGUGUCAUGCUUCAAAAUGAAGACAAGGGCACUGCAACCAAAGCUCAUUCAACGAGCUUUAGUUAAAGCACCCCCACCAUCAUUUUGAAGUGUGGGGACACUGAUACACAAGCCACUGUGACACAUUAAUUAGAGCAGCUCUCGGAGCCGCCCCAAUUAAUGUGCCCCCCCACCCUCGGAGCAUGCGUAAAAUCACCCUUAGUGCUUAGAGAAGAAGCAGAAGUAAGUACGAGCCUUUUCAGAAAGAAAAGGCAUGCCUGUAGGAGUUGCCCUGUGUAGAAAACAGUGAAAAUUCAAGGAAGCAGAUAGAUGUCAUGUUUUUUUUUUAAUUAUUUCUAUUUGUGUUUAUACUGAAGGUUCACAGGGGCCCAAGGGCUAAAUAGGAAGCAAUUGCGAAGUGUGUCCAUGAGCACCCACUUCUGAUGUCCAGCUAGCAGGCACCAAGGACACCCCGGCAGUUUUUGCCUUCGGAUGAACCAGUUGCACGUUAAGUUUCCAGGUGCUUUGGCUCACGUGGAUCCAUGUCCCUCUUUCUGCUUCUGCUUACCCAUCAGGUUUCUCUCUACCAGGAGGAGGAGGGCUGAGACUCUGAAUAGGACCGUGGAUGAUCUGGGUUCAGCUUGCAGAGGCUUUUGCGAGAACAUCACCAAGUUACCAAGGGCCGGCAAGGCCAAAUCGGGAACCAGGGGCCUGACUGUCACUUGGGUGAAAUGUAGUCACAAAAGAUGAUUCAGAUAGACCCUGUUCCAAUAGCCACAAAUCCACUUAGGUGCCCAAAUUCAUCAGUGCCUCUAUUUUGGCCUAAAGAAAUUCCUAAUGGUCUCUCAGCCUUGCUUCCUGAACCUACUCAGAAGUGAUCCAGAUCCAGAUCUAGGCGCCAAGCCCCAUUUAACUCCGUGGUGAUCCAGAUCAGAGCGGAGCGGCCCCUCAACUCUUCCAGUGCCCCCAGUGCAUUAGGCCAGGAGGGUCCAGCUCACCCAUAGCUCCCAAGUCAGAUCCAGGAUCAGAGGUGAUAUGGUGAGCAGCAGUGUGGGGGUGGUUGCAGCUGUCCCUCCCCCCUCUGCCCUGCUAGCCACCAACAUGAGUCCACAACGAGACCCUGUAGCUGGGAAUUUGGUUUAGAAACCAGAAGCAAAAACAAAAAAGAUUUUAUUCCUGAUUUAUAAGCAACCCCUCCCUAAUUUCUGGCCCGAUUCACGGCUUUUGUGUGGUUGCAUUUGCUUCUGGGAUUCAUGCCCCUCAUUUAUCAACAUGCAAAGGGCAUUGCAGGCAUGUCCUUGGCAGAGAGAUUGCAGGGGGUAUGACGCAGGCAGGAUGUCUGGGGGUCAGAGGAGGGUUCGAAGGAGAUGCAAGAGGCAUCUUGGUCCGCAAGAACCGCGCGCAUGCAGACCCGAGCCGGCUCCCGACUUCUGGCACCUUUCCCCAGUUUCCUGAAUGGCCACCUCCCGGGUCCUAGGGCUUGCACCUGCUACACACAGCGGCCACUGAGAGCCAGCCAGCUGCCUAAGUGCCCCUGCCCACACAGGAAAUACCGUGGAAGUGAACUUGAGCUCAAAAGCAGCGUCUCUGUGGUCAAGCCUGCCCGGGCAGCGUCAAACCUGAGCAGCUGGGUGCAUAUCUCAAUCCUGUGGCUCGCUCUAGCCAUUAGGCACGACCUCCACGAGGAGGAGGGGGUCCGGCUGCCAGCUGCUUGCGGCUGCCAAGGGCCUCUGAAAGGAGGGAGCUGUGACCGGCAGAGCAGCUCCACUGUGCUGUCUUGGUGCCCGUGCAAUCCUGCACCGUCUCUGAUCGCCUUAUCCCUGGGGAGGGCCUGCGGGGGAUGUUGCCUAUGCACACGCCUGCCGUCGUGGACUUCGCUUGUGCCUGGCCUCCGCACAAGGAUGAGCUUUCCCCUCAGUCUCUCACUUGGCACUCCCUUCCCAUCUCAAGUCUCUCUCCUCCUCUCCCAGCUUCCGGCUUUCCCCUUAGGUUCAGACCUGGUGCAUCCUAACGCUGUGUCUGUGAACAGCCCCACUGGCUCCAGGAGGGCUCCUUGGGGGAAAAUAAUGGCCAGAUCAAGGUCAUAUCUAGUCCCUGUCUUUUCUUUAUCAGUCUCUCUUCUUCCCUUUGUUUGGCUUUCCUUUCCACACUCCUCUUUAUGUCCCUCUCCUUCCCCCAAGUCUUUUCUUCCUACCCUCCUCUCUGCAUCCCCUUCCCCCAGUUUUCCAGCCGUCUCUGUAGGCAGCCCCAGGCAGGGCAGUUUACAACAAGCAGGUAUAGCAGAUGGCACUAUUUGUAGCCAGGCCUAUGGCAUGCACACCUGACCUGCCUGUAUACCACGCUGGGCCACUUGCAUCUGUUCAGCAGGGAGAGUCACACCAUCUGCCUUAGAGAGUAUGUAAUCCCUUUAUCUGGACCCAUAAAUUGAGGCAUAAACCCUCUGGUUGGUGGAUAGGCUAAAGCUCUGCUGGCUAUUUCUGCGGAUCCACCUCCAGGUGUGAUGCAUUAACUGGUUUCCAAGCACGUGAACCAACUUUCUCACAUGCGAGAGGUCGCUUCUGUCGUUUCAAAAAUGUCCCAUGCGCUAUUCCCCUUUGCUGGCCUGCCCAAGGCAGCACACCACUGCCAGAGGCCAGUCUGCUUGCUUUGCAUGGUGUUGAAGCACGGCCUAGUCUCUGCAGCAAAGAACCAGUGCUACUGGGCACCUGGAGAACAGCAAAGUUUUUGGUAACUCUUGGUGUAAUAGGAUGCAGAGCGAGAACUAUAUAGCAGGCAUUUGCCGUAAUGCACUGCUUGGUGAGCUGUAGGAAUCAAGGGCUCUGCUAAUAGGGUUUGGAAAUGUUACACUGACUAGCUUAGAGACUUGGCAGCUCCCAGGAACUGAGUCUACCUGUUAAUGUUUGAGAGAGUUACCGACACCAACAAGAAGUUUUAACGAGUUCUUCACUGUUCCUGUCCAGUCCAAAAUGGAGGCCUUCCUCUCCACAUCUGGAGAGCUUGACUUGCUCUUAAUCUUGGUCCUAUUCCUGUGUUCCUCUGGGGUUUUCUUUUCUUUUUAGAGCUAGGCAUAUGCUUAAACACUUUUGCAGGUCCCUGGUGGCUCCACUAAGGUCAUUCAGGAAUGGAGCUGCGUGUGGAUCCACCUGACGUGCAGUCCCAACCCAUAACCAUGAGGCUAGCCUUCUCCUUGAGGCUCCCCUCAUUUUUAGCACAUCAUCUGGAGCACUUUUUAAUCCAGAGUAUAUCUGAAGGAUGGCUCCAGAAGACUGCUGCCAAAUGCUAUACACGGGAACAGCAGCUAAGAGGAGAAAAUAAAUAAUCAGAUUCUAGGAAGAAGAAAAGAUCAAGUCCAGAUUCCCAGCUAUCAAUGGAUGGAGUGGACUUAUGCUGCCAACUUUUUUAGGUUACAAAUUGGUAAAUUGUGCCCAGGGUGAUUAUAGAGAGGGUGGAGAUGGGCUUUUCUCUGUGGCUGUAGAGGACAGGACAAGGAGCAAUGGCUGCAGGCUGCAGUAGAGGAAGUUUAGGUUGGAGAUGAGGAGGAACUUUCUGACUCCAGGGGGUUUCUACAUGAGUGCUUUAAUGCACAGUUGCCUAGCUUACUGCGCAUUAAAAUGCUGUGUAAGAAAACAUGCAAUUACGCAAAUGCGCAGUAAACUAGGCGACUGUGCAUUAAGCAUCACUUAAAAACCGUGUGCAUUCAUUACCGUGCGUUAAGGCAGCCUAAUGCACAUUUCUUUAGUAGCUGGAGGUACUAAACUUAAUGCGCAUUAGAAAAAGCACCGUAAUGCACAUGUAGACUCGCCCACAGGGUGGUCAAACGUUGGACCAGGCUGCCUAGAGAAGUUGUGGGAUCCACAUCCCUGGAAAUCUUCAAGAGCAGGUUGGACACAUGCUUGGCUGAGUUGGCUUAGUCAGGGAUGAUCCUGCCUGGAGCAGGGGGUUAGACUAGAUGCCCUUGGGAGGGCCUUUCCAGCCCUACAUUCCUAUAAUCCUAUGUUACAGACAGAAAUAAUUGCCCACUGGAUUGGGUGAAUCUUUCCUGGUAUAGGGAUCUGCAUUGCCUGGAUUACCAGUUACACUGGUGCAAACAUCAUGUCUGUUCAGGGAAGCAAAUGAAAGCGGUGUGGAUGUUGUCAAAGCAAGUUCAUUUAAACGAUGCAAGGAGAUAUGCAUCAGGACUCCUGGUAGAGGUGGUAUCUCUUAUCACACCAGACUCACUCUGCAGAAGCUGAAAACGCUGCUUAUUUAUUUACAUCUUCCCCCAGCGUUUGAAAUGAUUAAAGCUCCCAGUGUUAAGAGAUCUUAAGACACCAUUAAAGGACAAAGACAGAUAGGUUGGUGCUGCCACGUGGUUAUAUGAAGUGGUAAAUUUGGCAUCAGUCCAUAGACCAGGGAUGGGCAAAAUGCAGCUCGGGGGCCAGAUGUGGCCCAUCAGGCCAUUCUAUCCGGCUCAUGGGGGCCCUAAAAAAUUUAGAAAAUUAAUAUUUAUCUGCCCCUGGCUGCCUAUCAUGCAGCCCUCGAUGGCUUGCCAAAACUCAGUAAGCGGCCCUCCACCCAAAAUAAUUGCCUGCCCCUGCCAAUGACAGUAAGGAAAAGCAAAGCAUUUGAAACAUCGGUCUCACAGCAGAACAGAGGCAAAGCCACAUAUCAGCGCUAGAGGCAUCCUAAAGUGGUAUUUUAAAGAAGCUGCCAAAGCUUGUGGUCUUCUUAAAAAGUCGCCGUGACUGUGGAUCCAAAAUGAAUCUGCUUAUCUCAGAUAACCAUAUGGGCGUGUGGUGUGUGCUAGAAGAAUGACAUCCUUUAUUAGUGCCAGCUACUAUUUCAGAACAUGAGGAAUGCGUUCUCCAUAUUCUGCUUACUAGUGUUCGGAGGUGAGGCUUUGAUUGAGGAUGGGAGCGUUUGGUAUGGAAGCAAAUACACAUUCCUAGACGCAAUGUUUUCCUUAAAUGCCCAAGACACCUGAGUAUUUUUCUUCUAAUGCUUGAUAAAGGAAGCCAAGCAACACGCAAAUGAUUUUAUAGCCGGUGGCGUAAAGAGAUGUUGGUUACAGAGUUCACUGGAAUUUGAAUAACCGCCCUUUAAAAACAAUGUUAGUUUUAUUGCAUGACUUGUACAACAGAGCCUGACCAAGGGCCAGGCGUAGCGCUAGGCUCUGUACGGGCACAUCGCAAGACACAAUUUUUAAUCUUAAAGGAGUUUAUGAUCUAACUGGACAAGUCAGACAAAGGUAUGUCUCAGAUGCUCAAAGGGAGCAAGCUAAGUCAGACCAGCUAAGCAGAAUCAUCCAACCUAGAACAGUGGUUUUACAAUUCAGGCAUGCAGCAAUAGCUACAGUUGAAAUCGUACCAGCAAAGAAUUGAAAGAAAGCCAGCCUACUCCUGUGAUCCUACUCCUUGGACGAUCCUACUCCUGUGAUCCUACUCCUUGGACGAUCCUACUCCUGCAAUCCUACUCCUUGGACGAUCCUACUCCUGUGAUCCUACUCCUUGGACGAUCCUACUCCUGCAAUCCUACUCCUUUAACGAUCCUACUCCUGCAAUCCUACUCCUUUAACGAUCCUACUCCUGCGAUCCUACUCCUUUAACGAUCCUACUCCUGUGAUCCUACUCCUUGGACGAUCCUACUUCUGUGAUCGUACACCUUUGACGAUCCUAUUCCUGUGAUCCUAUGCCUUUAAUGUUUCUGGCUCCCCCAAAUUUUACCUCUGUGUCUUUACAGCGUGCCAUCCUAUGGCAGUGUUUUUUACAUACAUCCUGUCUAUAGACAGUUGUUUCGAAGGACACAGCAACCAGGUGCCUAAUUCUGCUGUUAUUUGCAACAGUGUCAAUCAGGAGAGAAUUAAGCCCAGAACGAGAGACUUUAUUGUAGAAACGUGGUAAGGGCAGAAUCAGUCACCUUUAGAUAGCUCAGGCCAAGUGCAAGUUUCCUGAAAGUGCGUUGUGCUGCAUGCUCACGGGACAGGCCGGCUUCUGCGAGUUCAGAGGCAUCCUGCAUACCUCCGGAGGUUUUCAGGAUGUUCCUUUUGCCUUUCAAGCAUGUGCUUUUGCUAUUAGGUUUAGGUCUCUAAUUAUGAGCUGCCUUGGAAGAAAAGUAUCCAGGUCCUGGGAGUGGGUCUUUCAACUCCCUUUGUUUUAAUUGACAAGCUUAUCCAGUUGAAAGGAAAAGGAGGGAGGGAAUAGGUCCUCAUCCAUUGGAGGCCUCUGCGCCUCUAAUUCAUGCCAUUAAAACAUCCGUGACAUACGACUUCGUUUUUUUUUUAAGUCGGUUUCUGCUCAGGCACAAAUCUGGUGAGACGAGUUUUGCACAAGGCCGAUUGUUUGCAAACUUCAGAGCCCCAAAGGUGCAGCUGCUCUAAAAAUAACAAGGGAGACGAGAACUGGUUUGGGAAGGUCUCCCUCCGCCCGAGUCCAGAGGCAGGUCCUGAAAGGCUGCCACUGGGGAGACGGGCGAUCUUACAAACCGAGCUGGCCUGAUUUCCAGAGGUUCGGAGCAUCUGCAGCUCCAGCAAUGCUGCAUCGGGCAAGUUACGCCUAGGAAGCACACAAACGUUUCCCAUAGGUUUGUAGGCUGUAAGGCCGGGAGGGACCUCGGAAGAUCAUCGGGUCCAGCCCCUGCACCAAGCAGGCUGGGAUCAGACAUUACUACUGUAUGCACAAUCACCAGGGAGGGCCCAGGGGCUUCUGUGCAGAUCCUUUUCCAGAUUGGAAAAAAAAGAAAAGCAAAGUGGGGGGUCACUCGGUUGCCUCUGCAGAAAAAGUCAACACAUACUGGUAGCAUGCAGCACUGCACUGCAAUUUGCUCAGCGAUCAGCCUCGAGACUCCUCAGAUAUUGAUAGGAAAUGUUUUUUAGCAGGGUUGGCAGGUGUAUUUGUAUGGACGAACCUGUCAUCUGAUCAGCCUCCUUCGCAGAGUGAAACCCCAACAGUCUCCCGGGUCGAUCUCCGGGAAAAGCUGUCAGUCCGGCCCCGCGGUGUGUCCAGGUGCGGGCGGUCCUUGGAAGGCAGCUCAGCGUGGGCCGAGGGGAAAAGGCCGUGCACAAAAAGGCCAGGCCAGCUCUAUUGCAGCUUGCAGGCAGGUAUGUGGCCAGUCACCUCAUCUGAGCCUAUUUAAAUGGGCUGAAUCCAGGGGCCAAAAUAAGCCGUCUGCACUGGCCUGUUGACAGCCCUCUGCACUGGCACUCGCUGCUUUGGUCUGGAUAUGCAUCACGUUUGCAUGGGCCAAAUUCAUCCCAGGUGCAACUCCACGCUGACAUCAGAGGGAGUGACAUCAGGAUGCGUUUGCCUCCUUGGGCUCGAGGAAGCGCUAUUUUGGCAGGAAAAUAUUCCAACCCCCUCAGUAAAAGGUACACUGUCUCCAUCCAGGGUUAUUCUUUUUGUGGUUUGGGGUUUAUGUAUUUACAUCUUAAGGAAUCAAGUACUGGGUUAAGCAGCAAAGCUUUCCCCGUGACUCAUGCUCUUUAAUAACUAAUAAGCGGCUCCAGCACACCAGGACUGCUCACAAGGGCCUGUGCCACACCGGCCUCGGCUGGAUUGCUAUCCCAGAGCGGCCUUCCUCUUACACAGCGUUGCAUAAGAUCGGUGUAACCCUUUGCAAGGUGGUUAAGAGAGGGCAGCUCGCUAGCGGGGGAUGCAAGGUGCUCUGGAAGGGGAUGAAAUUGCUAGGGGAGAAACGCUCCGACGAAACGUGGAAAUGGGGUGUUCGUCACCAAUGUGAGCGAGGUUUCCAGGCACAGGGGGUGGAACAUCGGAGCUCGGCUCCCUCGUGCCAUAGCUGUUGUGGGUCGGUUGCUUUUCCCGAUCUGGAGGACUGUGUUAAAAGCCGGACACUUACAUAAACGUUGUUUAUAGACUGGAAAA